UCCAAAAUGAGCGGUAGUAGACAUUCCAGUGGUUAAGACAUGUUUUGACUUAUUAGAUAUAUUAGAUGUAUACUGGAAUCUAGAUUAUUUUGUGUAUUAACAAUAUCCAAUCGAACAGGAUAAAUCACUGAUCCAUGUACUUUUAUGGCUGUCCCGGGUAAAAAGGCAUCUCAGAAAUUCUCAACUACACUAUCUCAAGGCGGUGCGGAAGAUUUCGACAUUUUCUGUGAAAUAUGUGAUAGAGAUGAUAUCAGGCUGCCUGCCUUUGGUUACUGUGUAGAUUGUGAGGAACACUUAUGCCAUACCUGCUUUAAUAAUCAUCGGCGACCAAAACCAUCACGCCAUCACCAACUUCUAGACAAAGAACACAUGCCACAAAAGCAAAACCUCUAUAAAUCAUCGAAGUCUGCUCCCAGUGCACUGACCGAUGAUCUAACAAAGCCUUGUACCAAACACACGAAAAAAGUGAUCAAAUUUUAUUGUCGUGACCAUAAUGCACUUAUAUGUAGCGUUUGUGUAACCCUUGAACACACACCAACAUCCUGUCAUGUGGACUACAUACCUGAUAUAUCAGGACAGAUUGUAGACAGCUCUGAGCUCAGGAAAACUCUAAAAGACAUUAACAUAUUGACAGACAAAUGCAGCCUGAUUAGUAAAGAUCUGCAGCAAAGAGUUGUUUUAUCAACGACUUCUCUACAGGAUGCUUUAACAGAAAUAGAAAAAUUCAGAAAAGAGAUUAACCCUAGUUUAGAUGAGUUAAAAAAGAAUGUUAGAGAUACUGCAGCAACAAUCCAAUCCGACAACAACGAAAAGUUGAAAACAACAGAAACAACAUGUGAUGUCAUCAACAAAUCACUUCAAGCAUCAGCUGAUACUCUAAAAUAUCUCAAUUCAAACAAGAAAACUGACCAACUGUUUGUUGAACUUAAGAUAGCUCAGCAACUGAUUCAAAAUAACGAAAAAACAACAUCACAACUACCAACAGUUAAUGAUUUUGACGUUUACAUCUUUGAACCAAAUCAAGCUAUCAAAAAUGUCCUUCAAGACGAGAAUUCAUUAGGAAUAUUGAGCAAUCAGAAACUCGAGCAGUCAGCCAAACCAAAGAAUCAGUUUGCAGUUGCAAUAAAAAUGUCUUCUCCUCGAAAUAUCAAUGCUUCAACAUCAUCGGAUAAAUGGGAUUGCUACAUUACUGGUUUAACUGUUUCUUCUCCAAACAAAAUAUUUGCAGCAGAUUACUUCAAUAAGUCGGUUAAAAUGAUAGACAUUAUAAAUGGAGUAAUCACAAAAUUACAGCUUGACUCGUAUCCCUGGGAUGUCACCAUUGUCUCCGGUGAUUCACUUGCUGUUACAAUACCAGGUAGUGAAACAAUACAGUUCAUUUCCUUCUCCCAAGACUCACUCUCACUCAAGAACAAACUGACAGUUGAUGGGCAGUGUAAUGGUAUUAGUUAUCAUCAAGGGAAAAUGGCAGUUAUAUUUAAAUGUCCUGCUAAACUCCAAAUCAUGGACUUGAAAGGUAAUACUGAAAUUACAGUUGAUACGGAUUUCAGUGGUGGCAGUAUUUUCAGAGUAGCUAGGUUUGUCACUACAAACUAUGAUUCAAUCUAUAUCUCUGACAAUGGCAAGGCUAUGAUUACGAGGUUUAACUGGCAGGGACAGUUGAUGGAAAGAAGGGCAGGAAUAAGUUCCGUAAGGGGUAUUACAAUGUUAAAGGAUGGAUCCUUAUUAGUCAUUUCUAACAAAAAUAUAUAUAUUGCUAGCCAUGACUGUAAAUACAUGAAAACUAUAUCUGAGGAUGUAGAUGAUCCUUUUGCUUUAUGUUGGUGUGCUGAAACCCGUACACUUUGUGUUAGUAGAUGCAAAUAUGACAGUGUAGAGAUGAACAAUGAUAUAAAAAUGUAUAAAAUGAUGUAAAAACCAAGAGAUCGCAAUUGAUGCAAUCAUAGCAAGAUGUGUAAUAUAACAAAUGAUUUGAAUACACCAUAUCUAACAAUUGCAAAGGAAUAUAGCAAUACGCAUGAAAAGUAAAUGAGAGGUCGCAUAUUUGUUUUCCAACUUCUCUCAGAAGGAAACUGACGGUCUUUCAUACCAGACCUUAAUUAACAGAGCUGUUCAGCAGAAGAGUUACUUCUAAAACAGGCAACUGCUGUAUCAUACCCACCUCUAAAAAAACAGAAAAAAACCCUGCAGGGUGCGUCGCAAUAUCGUACACAUCAGCAGUAAAUAAAACCGAAGAAAGAAGCUGACAUCCAAGACUUAUUUAUAUAUAUAUUAUGUUAUUAGUUAUAUGUAUCUCAGCAAAGGAAUACAAUGUAUAGUAUGCGACUGUCUUCUCUGUUGAAAUAUUGAAUUAGGGAAACUCAUAGAAAAUAAUAACAGAAACAUUUGGUGUUGAAUAUACAGUCACAAAGGGGACAUAACCUUGGAGACUUGAUUGUCCCAAUUUAUUAGAAACCUGUUAUUUUACAAAUGACAAGUUAGGUGUAAAGCCCCUUAAUAUGGUUUUGAUAAUUGGUAAAUCAGUUACUUUCAGAUAUAAAAGUACAUCAAAAAUAAAGAUUUAAGCCACAAGCAAAGCCCCUGCACCACUUCAGGUGCUACUCAACAUACCUGUAAAUUUUGUUGACUGUAUCUCAAGCACUUUCAAAAGCUACAUGUGACACACGAGAACGUACGGACGGACAGACAAGGGCAAAUUUAAAUGUC